CAGACCGUGUAGAGCUCUCACUGCCAUUGGCUGUGGGGGCGCUACAUGUAGCCAAUCGGAGUUGAACACUGGCAACUUCUUCCCAAACUGACUUGAACUCUCUUGCCAAAUGUGCAGAUGAGUUUUAGGAAAGUUUUUCGUUUGCAAAGUCAAGUUCCCUCCCCGCCCCCAAGUCUGCUUUCGACCCUCGCUUUUCACGUUUCCAUUCUAAUUGUUCUUUCGAGUUCAGGGCAGAGCGGAGGCAGUAUUGCACAAUGUACACUACAGGACUAGCUCCUUACUACGCCAGUAAUUUCAGCCUGUGGUCCGCCUAUUGCUCGAACAGUUUGUUGGAUUCGGUGAAGAAGCCCUCGUUUUGUAUCGCGGACAUCCUGCAUCUCAGUGACGCCGAGAACAUGCCGAGUGCACCGGCACCUCUGCCGGGAUCGACGGCCGCCGUGGCCCAUCUGAGCGGAUCACACGCCAUGCAACCCCCGGGCUCCCCCGUUCGUCCCACGCCCGUGGCUCCCGAGCGGCUCGCCAGCUUCACCCCGAGAGUUUCCCCGGCCUCUCCCUAUCAACGAAGCCCCGCCAUCUGCACUUCCUCAUCGGCCAGGAUCCACCUCGCUGCCGGUUCGAUGCAGCAGCUCCCCGCCCCCUCCAGCAAAGACCUCAAAUUUGGCAUUGACCGUAUUCUCUCCACUGACUUUGACUUUAAAAUCAAAGACAGCAGUAGCAUACGAGAUCUCACCUCUCUCAUGGGCACAGCUCGCCAGCCUGGAGUACACCUCUCCGUACAGAGUUCCGCCAGCCAGUUCUUUGCGUCCCUGGACCCUGGACUUGGUGAGCCUUCCUCAGUUUUGAACUCCAGAACCUCGUCCCAGCACCAUUAUCAGGACUCAUUUCCAGCAGGGCCUUACGCUGUCCUAACGAAGGACACCAUGCCCCAGACGUACAAAAGAAAACGCUCCUGGUCCCGAGCAGUUUUCUCCAACCUGCAGAGAAAAGGGCUAGAGAAGAGAUUUGAGAUUCAGAAAUAUGUGACCAAGCCUGACCGGAAGCAGCUGGCGGCGAUGCUGGGCUUGACUGAUGCACAGGUGAAAGUGUGGUUUCAGAACAGGCGGAUGAAGUGGAGGCACUCGAAGGAAGCGCAGGCCCAGAGAGAGAAGGAGAAGGAGCAGCUGGAGAAACCAGCGCCUCUGGAGGGAGAGCAGCGAGUGAGGGAGAGCCUGAGUGACAAUGAGAAAAGUGACUCCGAAUUGACAGACGUUAAUGAGAAAGACAUUGAGGUGAACGAGUGUCCUGAUCACAAGGCGACUGUCAUCAGGUCGGGGCUUGCCUCCCUAAGUACUGUCGAGUUAAAGCAAAGCGGCUCCUCGCCACCAAGUGCCCCACCAUCUCCGUUGCAAAUUGUGCUAUAAAUGUGAAAUAAUUUUACCCCGCCCCUACUAACAGGAUUGCCACGAGGUAAAGGACAUUUUCAGAACAAGAGUAAGUUAUAUUGUUGCGAAAGGAAGCUGGGAAAUAGAUCGUGCUCACCACUUCCUACCUGUAAAUUGCAAAUAUGUAAAUACAAUGUUCGGCGCAAGGCAUCGUACAGACUGGUUUAAAAAUCUUUUAGAAGUGAAUGAUGUUGUAUCAUAGGGUUUAAUCUGUCCACGUUGAUUUCCAUGUGCUUUAUGUAUACCCUAAGCUGGAGCAUUAGAGGCAGUGGAUUUAUACAUUUUACCAAAGACAAAAAUAAUAUCUUCAACAUCUGUCUGCGCUCACGUGUAUUAACACUCAGAAUAACAACCUACUGCUCUUACCAAGUCUAUACGCUUAAAUGACGGUCAAUAUUUCACUUUCAUGCCGGUUGAUUCAAAGGCUUGCACUGAUCGCGAACAUAUGGAAUAAAGUGGGUAUACUGGUUUAAGAAGC